GUCAAAUACUAGAUUAUCUAAACUGAUAUUGUAUUGUUGGUAUGAGUCAUUUUUAAAGAUUAGUUAAAAACGAUAGAUGAAAAUAAUUUUUUUUCCAGAUAAUACAUGUUUAAUAAUCAGACUAAAUACAACAGAUGUUUUACCGACACUUGAAAGUGUUAGUGGAAACUAGAUGAAUAAUGUUCAUAAAUAAAAAAUAAGAAAAAAAAUACUUUUAAGUGACGAUAAUUACAGUUAGUAAGGAGGAAGUGCAACGGAACAUAGAUCAAUGGAUAUUGAUUCUUAUUGUUUAUCCAAAUCUCAGAAAAAAGAAUCGCUGUCUCACGAAGAAAUGUCUUUGAAUGUCUGAUCAUUUUUUGACCAAGACUAUAUUUUCAGACGAUAGGCUAUGAUGAGUAGUAUCAUAAAGUUUCAAGUCGAAACUCGAAAUUCGAUUUUCAAGAUCACCUAAAAGGGACCAUGGUUUUCUAUUAAAAAAUUCGAUACCUCAAAAACAAAAGCUCAGACAAUCAAACUCACUUAGAUAUUGAUACUACUCACCAUGGCCUACCGUCUGAAUGCAAUCUUGAUCAAACAAAGCAAUCGAACACUCAUGGAUGUUCUUUCGUCAAAUAUUUGCAAUAAUCACGUUUUAUUUAAACUAUUACAAUAAUCGAAAAUCAGAUAGAUAAAAUGUCUAUCUGUAUAUCCGUAAAAUCUAUAUUUCUUCACAGAAAAUAUUACAUCAUUUAACAUAUAAUUUUUACUUUGAGGAAAAUUUUUUAAAUUCGUCUUAUAUAAUACUAUAGACAGCAAACAAAAUCUUAGCUUAAAUUAGGAUCUUACGGGACACUUCCAAACUCCGUUUGUCUCACAGGACUGACUCUAGUUUCAAUAUUAUAUUAUUUUCAGAAUCGAGAACUUAAAAGUGAUGAUCUUUUACUACGUCAACGUGCAGUACGAUCAUUAUGUGAUUAUCUCCAUGAUCCGGAACAUAUAUUACCAUGUCUUGGUGAAGAUAUUCCAGCUACAUUACUUGAAUUACUCAAAGAUAACGAUCAAUUUUGUCGUUUAAAAGCUGCUGAAUGUUAUUAUGUCAUUGCAGGUCAUGCUAUUGGUCGUCAAGCAAUGCUUGCUUGUAAUGUAAUUCCACGUUUAGCUGAAUUAUUUAAUGAUAAAGAACCAUCAGUUAGACGAAAUGCUCAUAAAGCUGUAUCUAUGUAUAGUGAAGCACCACCUGGUGCACAAAAUCUUAUUGAACUUCGUCUUGUUGAUACACUUCUUAAGAAGUUGGUUAGUGAACUUGAUGAAAUAAAAGAAUUAAUAUUAAAUACAAUUCAUUUUUGUUUAAUGAUUGAUGUUGAACAAGCACUUGCAGCUGAUGCUAUGUCAACAUUAACAUCAUUACUUGAACAUCCAUCUGAUAAAAUAAAAACACUUACAGCAUUAACAAUAUUUCAUUUAAGUAUUUCACUUAAAGGUAAAGAACGUGCUGUUGAAAUUGGUACAGUUGAUCAAUUAGUUAAUUUACUUGAUUCAAAUAAUGAUGCAUUAAAAAGUAAAACAGCACUUGCUCUUUCAAUUAUUUGUAUUAUUACACCAGGAAAAUAUUGUACAAUCAGAGCUGGUGCGAUACCAAAACUUUUAGCUAUGCUUAAAAAUGAAUCAAGUGAAUUAGUUGUGAAUGCUCUUAAAGUUAUUGCAUGUAUAGCUGAAGCACCGGAAGGAAGACAACAAUUACUUCAAUCUGUUGAUCAAAUUGAACAAUACAGUAAUCAUCGAUUACCUAAUUUAGCAAAACAUGCACAAAUUGCGACGAAAGUUAUCAAAUGGAAGCCUUAA